AUGAUCCACCACCACAGUCCACAGAAGGGCGAGGCGGCGGCAGAGGAUCCGCUUCCGCUGCCGGCGGAAGAGUCAGGCGGCGUCAAGAUGAAGGAGCUCCGGGGCCGCCUGGCAGACUACGCCUGUCAACACCGGAAGCACGGCCACGAUGCGCUGCUCCGCAUGCUUGCUGGCUUCACGCUCGUAUCCUGCCUCCUCCUGCUGCUUCCGGGCAGCCCCGUCUCCGCCAUCAUGGAUGAGCUGCUGCAGUUAGGGAGGAGGGCGCGGCACGACGACGAGGGACCGGCUCCGCCGUGCGCCGAUGUGGCCAACGGCACCCUCUGCUGCGACCGCACCGCGCUCCGCACCGACGUCUGCGUCAUGCGCGGGGACGUCCGCACCCAAGCCGCCUCCCACUCGCUCUUCGUGCUGCUGCCGCCCAACUCCAACUCGUCUCGACCGGCCACCGACGAGCGCAUCCGCCCAUACACGCGCAAGUGGGAGUCCAGCAUCAUGAGCACCAUCGACGAGCUCCGCCUCCGCUCCGCGCCCGAGGGAGACGCCGCCGCGCCCUGCGAUGUCCGCCACGACGUCCCCGCCGUCGUCUUCUCCACCGGCGGCUACACGGGCAACGUGUACCACGAGUUCAACGACGGCAUCAUCCCGCUCUACAUCACCACGCGCAACUACAACAAGAAGGUGGUCUUCGUCAUGCUCGAGUACCACGACUGGUGGAUGACCAAGUACGGCCACAUCGUUGAGCAGCUCUCCGACCACCCGCCCAUCGAUUUCACCAACGACCGCCGCACGCACUGCUUCCCCGAGGCCGUCGUUGGGCUUCGCAUCCACGACGAGCUUGCCACUGACGCCACGAUCGUCAAGGAGGAGGAGAAAGAAGCUGCUGCUGCGAGGAGACAGCAACGUCAUCGAUCAAGCAAGCGGAGCCGGCGCACCAAGACAGAUGAGGGUGACAAGCCUCGGCUCACGAUCAUCUCUCGGAACGGGUCGCGUGCGAUCGAGAACGAGGCUGAGCUGGUGCGCGCCGCUGCCGGCGCCGGGUUCCGCGUCGCCGUGCUCCAGCCACGCCAGGACACGGAGCUCGCCAAGAUGUACCGCGCCCUGAACGCCUCGGACGUCAUGGUGGGCGUGCACGGCGCGGCCAUGACGCACUUCCUGUUGAUGCGACCGGGCUCGGUGUUCAUUCAGGUGGUGCCGCUUGGCACCGACUGGGCCGCCGAGACGUACUACGGCGAGCCUGCCCGGCGGCUGGGCCUACGCUACAUGCCGUACAAAAUCCUGCCGUCCGAGAGCUCUUUACGGGCAGUACGCCAACGACGACCCGGUGCUGACUGA